AUGGCUAUCUACUCCAGGGACGAGGCUUUGAUGUGCAAGGUUUUUCUAUCAAGUUUGGGUCCGGUGGCGAUGAGAUGGUUCAACGGCUUAGGGGCCAAUUUUAUUGAAUCUUUCAAAAAAUUGACCCGGGCUUUUGGUGCUCGCUUUAUUACAUGCAGCAGGGUUCCUCGGCCUUUGAGAUCUUUGCUGACUAUGUCUAUGCGGGAGGGCGAGGCUCUCAAGACUUAUUCGGACAGGUACUGGGAAAUGUUUAAUGAAAUAGAAGGAAAGAACAAUGACGUGGCCAUAACCACUUUCAAAGCUGGUCUCCCAGCCGAUCACGAUUUAAGGAAAUCCCUGAUGGGUAAACCUGUUACCAGUGUACACCAGUUGAUGGACAGGAUAGAUAAGUAUAGAAGGGUAGAGGAGGAUCAACUUCAGGGAAAAGGGAAGGCCAAGGUAAUCCCUCAGGAGAGGAGAGAUUUCAGGUCGGACCGUUAUAACAGUAACCGACCUCGGAAGGACUUUGUCGGGCAGUCGGGUUCUGCGGACACACAGGUGGUUAAUGCAAUAUUCGAGAGCCAGUGCAGCAGGUUUUGGAGAAGAUAA